AUGAAACCUUUCUAUCAGACGAUCUUUUUCUCUCAGUCAAAUUCUCUUUCUAUUUACAUGAAAAGGAAAAAUAUCCACCCUCUCUCUCUCUCUCUCUCUCUUUCUCUAACGUCCAUUCCUUCUCUCUCUUCUUUCUCCUUCCUACCCUUCAAUACAUUCCCUCCCUUAUUAUCUCAUGAAACCUUUCUAUCGGACGAUCUUUUUAGCUCUCAGUCAGAUUCUCUUUCUAUUUACAUGAAAAGGAGAAAAAAUAUCCACCUCUCUCUCUCUCUCUCUCUCUCUCUUUCUAACAAAAUAUCCACCCUCUCUCUCUCUCUCUCUCUCUCUCUCUCUCUCUUUUAUAACGUCCAUUCCUUCUCUCUCUUCUUUCUCCCUUCCCUACCCUUCAAUACAUUUCCUCCUUAUUAUCUCAUGAAACCUUUCUAUCAGUCGAUCUUUUUCUCUCAGUCAGAUUCUCUUUCUAUUUACAUGAAAGGAGAAAAAAUCCAUCUCUCUCUCUCUCUCUCUCUCUCUCUUUCUUUCAAACGUCCAUUUCCCUCUCUCUUUCUCCCUUCCUACCCUUCAAUACAUUUCCUCCCUUAUUAUCUCAUGAAACCUUUCUAUCGGUCGAUCUUUUUUAGCUCUCAGUCAGAUUCUCUUUCUAUUUACAUGAAAAGGAAAAAUAUCCACCCUCUCUCUCUCUCUCUCUCUCUCUCUCUCUUUCAACGUCCAUUCCUUCUCUCUCUUCUUUCUCCCUUCUACCCUUCAAUACAUUCCCUCCCUUAUUAUCUCAUGAAACCUUUCUAUCGAUUCUCUUUCUCUCUCUCUCUCUCUCUCUCUCUUCUCUCUUUUAUCCAUUCCUUCUCUCUCUUCUUUCUCCCUUCCUACCCUUCAAUACAUUUCCUCCCUUAUUAUCUCAUGAAACCUUUCUAUCGGUCGAUCUUUUUUAGCUCUCAGUCAGAUUCUCUUUCUAUUUACAUGAAAAGGAAAAAAUCCACCCUCUCUCUCUCUCUCUCUCUCUCUUUUAUAACGUCCAUUCCUUCUCUCUCUUCUUUCUCCUUCCUACCCUUCAAUACAUUUCCUCCCUUAUUAUCUCAUGAAACCUUUCUAUCGGUCGAUCUUUUAGCUCUCAAUUCUCUUUCUCUUUUACAUGAAAAGAGAAAAUAUCCAAAGAAAUCUCUCUCUCUCUUUUUAUCGUCCAUUCCUUCUCUCUCUUCUUUCUCCUUCCUACCCUUCAACAUUCCUCCUUAUUAUCUCAUGAAACCUUUCUAUCAGUCGAUCUUUUUAGCUCUCAGUCAAAAAAAAUAUCCACCCUCUCUCUCUCUCUCUCUCUCUCUCUUUUUUCAUAACGUCCUUUCCUUCUCUCUCUUCUUUCUCCCUUCCUACCCUUCAAUACAUUCCCUCUCUUAUUAUCUCAUGAGACCUUUCUAUCGGAGAAAAUAUCCACUCUCUCUCUCUCUCUCUCUCUCUCUCUCUUUCAUAACGUCCUUUCCUUCUCUUCUCUCUCUUCAAUCUCCCUUCCUAAACCUUCAAUUUUUAGCUCCCAGAAAAAUAUCCACCUCUCUCUCUCUCUCUCUCUCUCUCUCUCUCUUUUAUAACGUCCAUUCCUUCUCUCUCUUCUUUCUCCUUCCUACCCUUCAAUACAUUUCCCUCCCUUAUUAUCUCAUGAAACCUUUCUAUCGGACGUCUUUUUUAGCUCUCAGAAAAAAUAUCCACUCUCUCUCUCUCUCUCUCUCUCUCUCUCUCUCUUUCUUAACGUCCAUUCCUUCUCUCUUUCUUUCUCCCUUCCUACCCUUCAAUACAUUCCCUCCCUUAUUAUCUCAUGAAACCUUUCUAUCGGUCGAUCUUUUUAGCUCUCAGUCAGAUUCUCUUUCUAUUUACAUGAAAAGGAGAAAAUAUCCACUCUCUCUCUCUCUCUCUCUCUCUCUCUCUUUCAUAACGUCCAUUCCUUCUCUCUCUUCUUUCUCCCUUCCUACCCUUCAAUACAUUCCCUCCCUUUUAUCUCUCUUUCAAACCUUUCUAUCGGUCGAUCUUUUUAGCUCUCAGUCAGAUUCUCUUUCUAUUUACAUGAAAAGGAAAAAUAUCCUCUCUCUCUCUCUCUCUCUCUCUCUCUUUUCAUAA